AUGUCUUCCAGCGAUGACGACCUCAAUGUCAAUGUAAUUCCCAUGGAUAGCUUUCCUAGUGAUGGCGAUCCGAGUACCUGGCCUGGUGGCAACUAUGCUGAACGUGUUGACCACCGCUGGCGCGAGUUACUCGCCGACAACUGGCUUAAAAACAUGGGCACUUACGAGGAAGCCAACAAUGAGCGCCGACCCACUGAUGCGGACGGCCCAGAUUACUGGCGGAUAUUGGUGAUGAAAUUAAAAGACAAGGGUGAACUCGAUGAAGACAUUGAACAACAUUUCAAUCUCGACUGGGUAUUGACUCAUGAAUGGCUCUCUGAUUAUUUCACGAAGCUGGUCAUGGACCCUGCCUUCGUCCCUCGUCGUGGUGAACUAGUUCUCUGGAUUUGGCAGGGCCUCGAAGACGGCUGCUUGAUGCGCAAUCCAAAGACUGGCUUUAUUGAGAUUUUCGGCAAUGAUAACAAAUGGCAUGGCGUGCCAGAUUGGCGCGCCGGCGUGAUCACCCAAACCCCCGAAGACGAUGUGCAUAAGGUGGAUAUUGUCGAGACUCCGGACAGUCCACGAGGACUGAGUUACUCUGGAUUCCGUGUGGAGACUCUGCCAGAUCCCCUGGGCGAUGACAAAUCUUUAUCCUUGCAAUACGCCUAUGUGCCCUUGCGCAACAUCAGGCCAUUCAACACAUGGCAAGUCUAUCUCGAUGGUCAAGACCGGGAAGAUAUGCAUCCAUCCAUUGAGAACGCGAUGACUGUCAUGUCAUCCUGGAGCAUGGUCCACAAGUACCACAUAGUUGGCAAAUACCCUAAUGCCAGGAUCCACUGCAAGGGAAUCUUCAUUGGCAGCGAACUCAUCGCCGUAUCCGAUACCGUUCGCCUGAAGCCCGAGGGAUACCAAUACAACCAGCUCAAGUCCGGCGUGGCUGGAAAAGUGACAGACGUGAUGGUCAUUGAAAAAAUUUCACUCUGCUUGAUGGGCUGUGUCGAUGAUGAUGAGGAGCAGCUCGCAGCCCACUACACAGUGUUGAUCUCCGGCCAGGUGUUCACUACAGAUCCCAAACGCGUGGGCGAGUCCAAGACAUUCCCACAUCCCCGGUCCAUGCCAGAGGAAGACAUCCCAGACCCUGUGCCACUCAACGCCGAAGAAGCAACCAGUACAUUCCGACAAGUCAGUAUGAGCGACUACGGCCCCUGGUACCGCAUGGCCAAGGGACGAAACUGCAACAUCACCCCGCAACUGAUCCUCGGCCGGUGCUACGAACCCCUCGCGGCAGAACUCAUGUUCGGCACACACACCCUCGGCUACGAUCUUCCCGGUGUGCUCGAAGGCCGCAACUACUCUUCCCAGGUUGACAACCGUAUGUCAGAAGGCAACACAUGGUUCUGGGGCGACUGCCGGGUGGAGACACUAGGAUUAACUGAGAUCAACGGUGUGGAAUGCGGCCUUACAGCUGCUCAACGCGGCAGCCCGCGCAAAUGGCAAGCAAUUAUCAAAAUGUCGCACGGCGAGGUAAGCCAUGCUCUACGGCGCCAGGCGCAGAUCCCUGGUAGUGGCGGGCGGCCAUUGAAGUCUUCAUCGUCUGCUCCAAGUGGCAGGCCGAGGGGUCGGCCAAAGAGUGGACUUUCGCAGGUGGCACAGACGAGCAAGAUGGUCAGCUCUGCUAUUGGCAGUGCGCCUGAGGAUGAAGGUGAAAGCUCCUUUGAUGAUGGCGGUGGUGUGACUGAUGACCAAGUGGCCGGUCUCUCUGGACUAGGUCUUUUGGGUGCUGCUUCGAGUGAUAGUGAUGAUCCUACAUUUGCAUAG